CUAAAGCUGCAGUGGCAAAAUCUAAGUCAAUCAAAGUUCAAUCUAGAUUCGGGAAAAUUGUUUACUUGUUUCCGUAUAUUUUUUUUGUUUCUGUUUGUUGUAUGAUGACAAGGAGCAUGUGAUGUUCAGUCUAUCCGUAUCGCUAUUCGUAUGCCGUCUGAUUAUCGUUGAAAAAACCAUCAUCGCUCUUUUAUGUGUUUCUUGUUUCGAAUUACAUACCGACGAGGGCCCUGCAAGGCGAAUAGUUUUCGGCGCCGCCUGCUCUAUUUUUAAUAGAUCGCGCCAGUUUGCUUCACCGGUGGGAAAAUGACGCGAGAAGACUACUUGCCCCUGCGGCUCAAAAUCAAUCGCCUAGGACAGGAAGAAAGUCGCACAGUAAAUGAAGUCCACAAGCAAACCAGCAUCUCGGAGUUUCGCCGCCAAUUCUUUUCCGAGGACGUAUCCAGGGCUAGCAUGAUCACAUUGAGUUGAAAUGUGAGCGUUUGAUGCAUGGUUCCGGGGCGGACGUGAAUUCGAAAUCGAAUUCCAAAUCAGAUUUUUGUUUUUCAUCAAAUGCAUUAUAAGCACGGUGAAAUGUCAAUCUUGUUGAUCAAUUCUGCGAUGCAACAGACGAGACGGGCACGAAUUCAAAAAUGUUGAACCCCACGACAGCAAGUUUUUGCAAAGUGGUCGGAAUAAUUUCUCGAGUGUUGUUUUUUGUUUCGUCUGCCUAAGUGGUCCGCUACCGCUCCGUUUGGAGCCGGCAGAGGAACUACGUUGCUACGCCUGUGGCGCCGACGCUACAGUACAAUUCAGAAUCCGAUCGUGUUUUGCUUGCAGACAAAGAAAAAAAUCACCACCGCAUUCGUUUUUUCCACGCUGGAAAGUACCUGGCCGAAGAAACCUGCACUCUGGAGCAGUAUGAUAUCCCGGCACACGCAUGUUUGCAUUGCUUCGUUACCAAAGACCUGGCAGGAGGUUCGGCUUCAGCAACUGCUCAGACAGUUGAUGCCACUAUGAGUGCACGAGCCCCAGCUUCAGCCCCGUCUACUAGCGCGGCUGCAGAAGGUACUUAUCGUAGUUUUGCUCAUCUUAAGGAAUUCGAAUGCUCAUGUGUCGAUCAUGCGCAUUUGAUGCACUAUCGAGGGAGUUUUCAUUUCACCAAGACCAAACUGUUCCAAUCGACUUCGUUGCAUAUGGUACUUAUUACGACGUGGGCAGAAGAACCGCUGCAUCGAUCAUGCUUUGCCGGUGGUGUGUUGAACUAUUUACCACAGGCCCGCUCAGAACAAAAUGUAUGUAUGCGAAUUUCACAGGAGCGUUCGGAGGCGGGUUGCGAACAAUCCAAAUCGGAAGCCAAGUGUUUCACAUCGGCGGUCCGUCCUCCUCGUCCCAGGACCCCGAAGCGCUUGACGCACAGAGGUACAACCUUGCCAGCAGCAGUGCCGAGGAAGAAAAUGGUGCGCCAGGGCGGGACAUCAACCUCGCUGCUGGCGCGCGACCGCAUCAAUUGCAAGAACAGACGACGCAGCUUUCGGCGUCGUCCACCAACCCUGUAUUUUUGACGGGAGUGCAGCACGCUGGAGCUGCGGGACGCGGCGCCGGUAGUUCUUUAACUACUGCCACGAACAGUGGCGAAAGCUCUAGCUCCUCCGCAGCAGCGCGGGCACAGUCCUGGUUUCUCCAGGGAAUUCUGCCGGUUUUACAGAGGCGUGCGCUCCUCGGAGAAGUGAGCACGUAUCACGCUUCGUCGCGGCAAGUCGGAGAUCCAGAUGCGCAAGCAGCAGCGGGAAGUAGCAGCUUUUUCCAUGGUGCCGGUAGUGGUACGCCAAACGGUCAUGGUCCUGUUGGAGACGAAGCAGCGAGAAGUGAAUCGCCCCCACAACAACAAAACAUGAACUCGGUCGAAUCUUCGUCGGCUAUUGCAGAACUGGAUUGGGUUAAGUCAAACUCAACAUUUGGAUUUUUCGCUACUUACUGCAUGUGCCUUCUUCGUACAACUCCAACAAGAGCGCUUGUGUGGAUCUAUUCGUGCCCACGUCGCGACCCAUGGAAAUCAUUUACAUCAAAGUUAGUACGGAUCACCUUCCCUUCCUUGUUGGCCGUAACGCAUUCGCGGGCUAGAUGGGUCCCUAGCCAACUACACGUUUAAGAAGGUUAACGGAUCCCUAGUGGAAAUAGAAGCUGAUGACUUGAUGGCCUUCCUCCAGUUGCAUCCACACUGGUAUCUGGUCUCCGUGAGCCCUGGGCACUUAGGCGGAGCUCGGCCCUUCCCCUUGUCCAUCGAGCCACAUAGAAAGAGGCCACCGAACCCACCUAUUCGAAUCGAUUCAAAGACAGAUAAACAAAUUUGACUUCACUCGAGAGUUUAGAGCGAUACCGAUCUACAUCGACGUAGGUGAAGAUCAACAUGCGACAACGAUCGUCGCAGCUGGCGAUGAGCCUUCGCAACCGAGGCACGCCGCUACGGUGGUGCACGUCAUCGGCCGCCCGCUCGGUGGUGGUCAAACGGACAACGAUUUAGAGACGGGAGAGUCGCGAACCCGAACGGGCGAAUUGAUUUCUACAACAGCAGCGCCCCUGCCUCGCCCGGUACGGCCGCCAACCGUGGUGCAGUCGCUCGUGCAACACUUGCACGCUGCAAACGACUUCAACCCGGACAACAUACCGGAAGAGUGUACUACAUUUUUUCUUUUUGUGACAGGUCAUUCACGUCGGCAGCAAAUUGAAAUCGCUACAAGAAAAUCAAAAAAUUACUCAGGCAUCUUUCUUUGUUCUGUGAAGAUCAAGAUACCGACUUUUGUGAUGAGUAUCUAUUGCUCUACUCCAGGAAUAGCGAGAGCUAGAAGCAAUGAUCAUUUUCAAUCCUAGUAUGGUAGAAGUAGUCACAUCAAGAACCGCUAACAUUUUCUUGUUCAGGCCGGCUUGGAAUCCACCGAGAUAUGUUGGUUAUUUGGCCGACCUUGCCAGGCUUGUUAUGCGGACUUUGUUUCUACCCUUACGGAAUGUGUUGUUGUCUCCUCCACAAGAUCAAGCGCUGCCCUCAUUGUGGAUACACCGUGCACAGCUGCUAAGAUUGACAGGAAGCCUGGUGCCGGUUCCGCCCUAAGCUAAGAAAGCAGCUAAAGAACAAGGAAUAAGAUUGUUUGUGUAGUUCAAUGCAUCAGAAACGCAGAUUGAUACGAACGAAGAUGAAGCUCAUCAAUUCAUGAGGUUGCGAAAAAAAGCACGAGUGGUUGCGUCGUGAGUCGAUAUUUUUAGCAACAACACAGGUAAACAAAAGUGUACUUAGAAGUGCCUCUCCGAUAAUGUUAAUGCAUCGGAGUUUGAAGGUCAUAGAGGGCAAUCCCCCUCAAUCACGGGCCAUGCGCCGUAGAGUAGAUGUUUGUAAGCAAGUGCC